UCAUUACAACAUGUUUUUGGCAAGCAGCAGUUGUAUCAAACUUGAACCGCAAGUCUCGAAAGAUGUAAAACUGAUAUAUGCGCAACUCAACUGAUCGAGCAAUCGAUCAAGAAUAUGAAGCUGAAGUACUUGAUGCGAGCAGCGAUCCCGGAAGAAGAUCCGCGCUCACGGAUAUAGCAGUUUCCAUAAACAAGCUGGCUUGAAACUUUGACUCGGACUGUCGCAAACUGUCUGCUGCCGAGUGAUACAUACAUAUAAACAACUCAUCUUUCUCAGUCCUGAUUUCUCCCUGCCUUCCCUCCAUCCAAUAACUCAACGCUCCAACAACAGGCACAUACGAUUUUACAUUCACGAGAUAAGCGUUUGGACGAGAAAGGGGGCAACUGAUCUCUCGUCGAUCACCGACGCUUUAAAAUGAUGAAGCAUCACAGCCAAAUUCGAGAUGCCAAUGAAUCACGCGUCUUGGUGCUCUAUACCGGCGGUACGAUUGGAAUGCUGUCCGGACCGAAGGGUUAUUCCCCACUUCCUGGAUACUUAUCAGAACACCUACGCUCCCAGCCCCGAUUUCACGAUCCCAGCUCGAGUUCCUUAUGUACCAACAGUCAAACCGUGGACGCCUUUCGAUCAUGGCAAUCACUAGUAUCGCUCAAUUCCCCGUCCUCAUCCUCAACCAGUCCAAUCUACCCUCCCGCCAACAACCCGCCUUCCCCAGCGAGCGCCGAAGCUGGACCCACUACGGACGAAACUAGCAGGUUCAAUGGCAACCAAUUGAAAGUCAUCACCGAAAAUGGCUCGCAAUGGUUAGAUAGCUUGGUCAUGCAAGAGAGUCAUGGAUGUCCUAAAAUUCGCUAUGCGAUUCUUGAAUAUGAAAGACUGAUUGAUUCAUCUGAAAUCGAAAUCUCAGAUUACUUGAGGAUCUGCAAUUCGAUCCAAUCCAAUUAUUAUCUAUAUGACAGCUUUGUGAUUUUACACGGGACAGAUACGAUGGCAUAUACGGCCUCGGCACUCUCCUUCUUGCUCGAGAACUUGGGCAAGAACGUGAUCAUCACCGGCGCUCAAAUCCCACUCUCAUGUCCCCGGAACGAUGCUGUGGAAAACCUGCUGGGGGCUUUGCAAAUCUCAGGCACGUAUUUGAUACCCGAAGUCUCCUUAUAUUUUAACCAUCGUCUCUGGAGGGGAAACCGGUCGAUGAAAGUCAGCAGUGUCGAAUUCGAUGCUUUCAAGAGCUUCAACCUCGAACCGUUGGUCAAACUCGGGUGCAAUGUCGAGGUCAGAUGGGAUCUCAUUUACAGGCCCGUCGAACGACAAGCUUUCAGAGUCCAUCAAGCCAUGUGCGAGAACGUCGCCGUCCUUCGUCUCUUUCCGAGUAUCACACCCGCCUCCGUUCGUGCCUUUCUGGCCCCACCGAUACAAGGGAUAGUUCUAGAAACCUUCGGGUCCGGCAACGCGCCUCGCAAGCCAGCACUGCUUCAAGCCUUUAAAGAAGCCGCUGACCGUGGGGUGGUCAUUGUCAAUGUGACGCAAUGUGUUGUUGGGACGGUGUCUAGCGAUAUUUAUGAGACUGGGCGGGCCUUAGCUGCAGUGGGAAUCACUGGCGGUCGUGAUAUGACCACAGAGUGUGCACUUGCUAAACUGGCUUAUCUUCUAUCCAAGCCAUCCUUGUCGCCAGCCAAAAUCCGUACCCUGAUCAGUCAGCCUCUUCGGGGAGAGCUUACCCUGCCCGCACGCGUGCAGUUUCAGCCUCAGCCAGUUGAGGAUCGGUUGAAUUGGCUGAUGAAGCAUAUCACUUCUUUACAAUUGGACAACCGUGAUCCUCCUCUCUCCGAUGGUCGCAAGGAGGAAAUUGGGAACUUGAACAUCAGGGAAAGCCUUCCACAAAUUCCAGCAACCAUCAUUUCAGAUGAUUCCGCUCCGCUCCUUCAACGGUCAUCCACUCACCUUGGAAGGCUCGCAGUUUACCAAGACGUUGGAGUAGAGCUUGAAACGAGUGAGAUGUUACAAAAGGAGCAAGACCUGACCGAACGGUCGUUGCUACCGAUAGCCCUGACGGCAGCCUCCGCGCGCGAUGAUUCCAGUCUCGCUUCGUUACUAGCGAUCUGCUCGGACCAGAUCCAAACCCAAGGGCUUCUCAACCUCCGUACGGCCACCGGCUUGGGCCAGACCGCUCUGCAUCUGGCGGCCUUCUAUGGACGCUUGAAGAACGUCGAGUUGCUCCUCGACCAUGGGGCUUCGGUUCAUCUCAGAGAUGACACUGGCCAUACCGCGCUCUUCUAUGCUAUCAAUAACCAGCAUAAGGCGUGUGUCGACUUGCUGGUCAAAGCUGGGGCUCAUCUGACCAACUUUGAACAGGACGAGGAUUGCUCCAGUUCCUAGUCUCACAAAAAAAAUCGGCUAAACCGAUCCCGCAUCUCCUCAAGAUAUGGCACAUUCACAUGUACACUCUCGUUCCAUCUUUUCCCUCUCUCCGGUGGCUUCAAUGUAUUCUUGAGAGAUAUAGAGCGCAUCAUAUUACAUUUUACUAUUGAUUUUCCUUUUUUUUUUUUUUGCUCAAGAGUGUUUCAUCUUGUAUAGAUUUUGGAAGGUUUUGUUCAAUGUAAAUAAAGAAAACUAAACCAAAGCA